GGCCCACCCCCAACCCGCCCCGUCCCUGUCGCUCUCCAUGGUCGCCCUCCUCCACCUCCACCUCCGCCUCCGCCUCUACCUCCCCCAGCUUGGCGUAGACAGGCAGACAGAUACAGCGGCGCCGUUACCAAGAGAGACAGAUCGCGCUGCCCAAGAAAAGAAGCCGCGCGAGCUUCCUUCUCUCUCUCUCUGUCCUCCCUCCUCUCUCCUCGACGGAUCCAUCGCCGGUUGAGACAUUAAUUUUUCGCGGUUCCAUUGGAUUGGACCGAUAACCGCGAGAUCAAGAAAAACGCCUAGCAUUAAAUUCCAAGACUAAAAAUAGAACCAACCUUGAUUGACUGCAAUCUUCAAGAAAGGCGAGAGCUUUGGUUUGAUCGGCGGCGGCCGAUCUUGGCUCGGAUGGCGCCGCCGCCGCCGCCGCCGUCGCUGGAGUACUGGCGGGGGUUCUUCAGCGGUGCGCGGGCCAGCAUCUUCGACGCCAUCGACGCCGCCAUCCGGGUCGCCGCCGCCGACCACCCCGACGCCCUCCGCGCGCGCCGCGACGCCAUCGCCGAGCGCCUCUACACCGCGCUUAUCGCCCUUCCGCAGCCGGAGGCGCCGGGGCUCCCCACCCCGGGCCAGCCGGCGCUCCUCCUCCCCGAGGGCGCCGCCAGCGUCCCCAGCCUCUGCAGCUCCGACCGCGCCGAGGUCGUCACCAACGACGGCGGCGCAGCGCCGCGGAAUGACGCCGUCGUCGCCGAGGCGUUCCGCGUCAAGGCCGCUCUCUCCAAUGCCCAUGAAAAGUCGGAGGCCGAGUUGCUCGAGCUGCUUCAGAGGCUGCGCCAGCUGGAAUUCACGGUGGACGCCAUCAUGGCUACUGAGAUUGGAAUGGCGGUGAAACCGCUGAGAAAGCAUGCCUCAAAGCAGAUUCGGCAACUCAUCCGAUCGCUCAUUGAGGGUUGGAAGUCUACAGUUAAUGAGUGGGUGAAUGAUGGAGGUCCCAUUGUAGAUCACACACCACAAUCAGUGGAUGCUUCUUGCCUGGAUCAGGAAGAAGGGGGUCUGCCUUCUCCUCCAAUGGACGAGGCUGCCCUGUUUGCGACACCAUGCACUUCAAUCCAGCUAUCUGAGUUCUUCGAUGAAAUGGAUGAUGAUGGAAACAUUAGAAGUGAUGCCAAGGAGCGCACGCGGUGUAAUCCUCCAAACCAAGAGCCAGUCAGGAAGCAAUCACCUAUGGGCCAAUGGUAUGACCCAGAGCAGAAUUGGAGGCUAGAUCAGUCUGCAAUGAAGCAAUCCCGACCGAAUGAGCCAUUCAACUGGCAGACAAAGCACCAACCUAAUCCAGGGGCACAAGGGAAGCCAUCAAAUGCAGCAUUUGGUCCAGGAAGACCUCAGAUGAUGCGUUUGGAGCUGAAAGGCUCCGAAAUGAGACCAAAGCAAGAGCAAGAUGUCUCAGUGGCCCAAAGAAGACUGAAACCAACGGUGCCUAAGCAGCCAUCGCCUCGGCAGGAUGAAAAUUCUGUUCGAGCAAAGCUAGAGCUUGCAAAGGAAGCCAAGCUCGAAGCUACAAAGCGUAAGCUUCAAGAGGGUUACCAAGAAUUCAACAAUGCAAAGAAGCAGAGGACAGUACAGAUGGUGGAUCCACAAGACCUGCCGAAGCAAGGGAACCGAAACCUGGUGCUCAACGGCAAGGCAAGGAACAGCAACAACAUCUGGAAUCGGCUGGGCAUGCGUCGCUGAUUAAAUCCAUCCACCAUGUGCAUCUUCACUAAUUUUGGAUACCCACCAUCAUAUCAUCCAUCCCUUGCCAAAAGAUAAAUCCCUUACCCUUGCCAUUGGUGGUUGCUGCUUGUAACCUGGAUACAUGAGUCAGAGUGUUUUGGUUUGGUCUCAGUACACUAUGCACAUGCAUAACAACGGUAAGGCGGGAACUGAGUCACCAGGGAUGUACAUGUACUGCUUUAAGUUGCAGCCCUAACAUGUUGGGUCAUAACUCAUAAGUGGCUCGUUCGCCAAACUUUGUAGAGAUGAUGUUACAUUAUUACAUAGUGAUACUAUAGAUAGCAGCAGUUGUGACUUCUGGGACCUGCUGACA